GCUUCCAUUUCAAACCCUACUGAUUCCACCUUUGACAAAAACCACCUCCUCUUUUCCUUAUACACGCCCAACCACUCCCUCCUCUCUAUCCCUCCCAAGGGUUUAAGCAGCGUUUAUCCCUCCCCAUCUCUCCCUUCCAAUCCUCACAACAAGAAUAAAAGAAGAAGAUGGUGGGCUUCUUCCUUCUCAUCUCCCUUCUCCCUCUCCUGGGUCUUACUGUUGCAGGUCAAGAAGCCAUUGAGCUGGUACACCUCCAAGAACCUAGCCAACUAAGCCUUCAGUUACUCCACCACACCCCAAGCAAGCCAUCCAUUGGAGUUACAGUGGGUGAAGUUGACCUCCCUGUGGUGUCUGCCAGUGUAUUAGCAGCAGAAGGGUGGCUAAAAACCCAUGUCUUGGCUCACUUCCCAUCCACCAAUAUCACCACUAUAGUGGUAGGAAAAGGAGUCCUUUGCAACAGAGGGCAGGAGCACCUCUGGGGCUUGGUCCUGCCCUCUGUGAAGAACCUUCACUACUCUCUUGUGAGAUGGGGUAUGGUGAAAGAGAUCAAAGUCUCCGCUGCCUUCUCCUCUGAUUGCUUGCACUCCCCUUCCUCUUACUCUAUAUUUCGAGGUGAUAUAGCUCAUAACACACUCCAACCUUUGGCGAGCUUCCUCCAAGAGACUAGCUCAGCCUACACCAUAGACCAUUCUUCCAAAAGAACCAACUUGGUGUUCUCUGCUCACAGAGAGGCUUUGGAGAGGUUGGGUCUUUCCAGGCUUAGAGACAUCAGAGUGGUGAGAAAGCUCUCUUCUUUGACUUCUCCUCUGUCCGCAGAGGUGGCGAAAACGUUGGGUCUUCAAGUCCCUUCUCAUUUAGCUAAAGUCCCAAGGUACCCAUCUGUCCAACUUGUGCCACCGCCUCCUGAUGCCUCUUUUUCUUUUGCACCUGAGGCCUCGCCACCAGUGAUCCCUGCCAACCCACCUGAUUCGUUUCCGGUCCCUCCGCCGCCGUGCUUGGCGGCGCCGGCGGCCUCUGCGCCGGGGUCAGGGGAGGAGCAGAAGGGGGGCUUGUGGUGUGUGGCAAAGCCGACAGUGCCGGCGGAGACGCUGCAGGAGGCGAUGGACUAUGCUUGUGGGGAUGGUGGUGCUGACUGUGAGGAGAUCAGGCCAAAUGGGAGCUGUUAUUACCCUGAUAAUGUUGUGGCCCAUGCUUCCUAUGCUUUCAAUAGUUACUGGCAGAAGACGAAGCUCAGUGGAGGUAGCUGCAACUUUGAUGGAACCGCUGUACUUAUCAACUCAGACCCAAGCUUUCUCCAGUGUCAUUUCGAACUCAGUUGAGGAGGGAUCAGUGAUUGGGUGCUAUAUGGUUGCUGAAGAAUCCAGGCAUGCCCCCAUUGAUCUGAGCUCAUUGUUAGGAGGUGAUGGAAAGCUUUGGUGCUACUACUAUGACUUAUUCUGAGGUCAUGUAUGUCUGUCUUAUGAAUGUAUCUAAGUAAUUCAAACUCUUGUUUACGUAUUUAGGCCUUGGAGCCCAGGUUGUGGUAUUGGAUGAAUAGAGUUUAGAGCAUAUCAAAGACAAUAGAUUAUCUUUCUAUUUUGUUAUCGGGUCUGCCUUCUAGCAUCUCUGUGGAAUACUGGUAGUUAAAUGCAGAAAGCUGCUUGCAUACGCA